AUGGGUUCCAGGGAAGAAAUUAUGGGGGCCCUGGCUGAUAUAUUUGUAUUGUUGUUUGCCAUGGGUGAUAUCCUGGAAAACUGGAGGGUACUGAAUGGUGCGACCUUAUUCAAGAAGGGCUGCAAGACAAACCUGGGAAUUAUACACCAGUUGCCUACUUCCUUCUCCAGGCCUCCUCGUCUUACUCAUUUAUAUCAUGACUUUGGAACAACAUCGGCCGGCCAGAUAUGUCAGGUGGUGCCUCCUUUUUAUUUCUGUACGCCUGUCAACGAACAGCAAACUAAUGACUUCCGCAAACCGUCACAACAUUCUAAAACCUUGACAGUAUCACGAUGGGCAGCGAAGGGUCCAGUCCACUGCUACUUGAAUGAGAAGAAAACCAGAUGGAGAAAAUACGUCUGGCUGGCCGAUUCCUCUGCGCUCAAUAGUGGAGGACUCAAGGUUCUGAUACCACUGUCCACAAUCUGUCUGUACCGAGUCCGAGUCACGGUGCCAGAUGUAAAUCUUGACCCCCAGUCGGGUCUCUCGAUUCCAAUUCCAAUCACUAUAUUUGUGUGCUAUUUUUCCUUAUUGUGUAAAACAAAAGUUCUGGUUUUCACCACAAGUCCGAUACCUGUCCGGUUGGUGGAUGGUUCCACCAAGUGUUCUGGGAGAGUUGAAGUCUACCGUAACUCCAUCUGGGGAACCAUCUGUGACAAUGGCUGGGAUUUAAAUGCAGCAAGCGUGGUCUGCAGUGUGUUGAACUGUGGGAAGUCCUUGUCGGCAACAAGAAGGGCUUACUAUAGAGAAGGGAACGGGGUCAUCUUGUUGGAUAAUGUGAGUUGUAAUGGGGCGGAGCCUGCCCUCUAUCAAUGCUCUGCCCACACAAAGGUGGGAUAUAACUGCACACACAAGGAGGAUGCUGGUGUCAUCUGCUCAGGUCCAAUACCUGUACGACUGGUGAAUGGUACCGACAUGUGUUCUGGCAGAGUUGAGAUCUAUCGUCACUCUUUCUGGGGAACUAUCUGUGACAAUCACUGGGAUAUAAAUGCCUCAAAGGUGGUCUGCAGGAUGUUGAACUGUGGGAGGGCUCUGUCUGCACCAAGAGAUGUCUAUGGAGAGGGCACUGGAAUCAUCUGGUUAGAUGAUGUAAGGUGUAAUGGGACAGAGCCUACCCUCGAACAGUGUUCUGUCAAUCCACAAGUGAGAAAUAACUGCACACAUAGUCAGGAUGCUGGAGUUGCGUGCUCAGGUGAGCAGAGUUCGAUACCCGUACGGCUGGUAAACGGUACCAAUAUGUGCUCUGGGAGAGUUGAAGUCUACCGUAACUCCACCUGGGGCACUGUCUGUGACAAUGAUUGGGAUGUUCCUGCUGCAAGCGUGGUCUGCAGGGUCCUGAAUUGUGGGGCAGCCCUAUUAGCACCAAGAGGCGCCUACUACGGAGAGGGGACUGAGGCCAUCUGGUUGGAUGUUGUGAAGUGUAAUGGGACUGAGCUUGCCCUCGAUCAAUGCACUGCCAACCCACAGAUAGAGAAUAACUGCACACACAAAAAGGAUGCUGGAGUCAUCUGUUCAGGUCCAGUACCCAUCCGGCUGGUGAACGGGACUAAUAUGUGCUCCGGGAGACUUGAGGUUUAUCGUAAUUCCAACUGGGGGACUGUCUGUGACAAUGGCUGGAAUAUAAAUGCAGCGAGUGUGGUUUGCAGAGUAUUGAAUUGUGGGUUGGCUCUGUCAGCAUCAAGAGGAUCCCACUACGGAGAGGGAUCUGGGGCUAUCUGGAUGGAUAACGUGAGAUGUAAUGGGAAUGAGUCUGGCCUCGAGCAGUGUUUUUCCAACCCACAGGUUGAUAAUACCUGCACACACAGGAAGGACAUUGGAGUUGCCUGCUUCGGUCCUGUAUCCAUACAACUUGUGAAUGGAACCAACAUGUGCUCUGGGAGAGUUGAAGUGUACCGCAACUCUUUUUGGGGAACCAUCUGUGACAAUAGCUGGGAUAUAAAUGAGGCGAGUGUAGUCUGCAGAAUGUUGAACUGUGGGAAGGCUGUGUCAGCACCAGGAGGCUCUCACUAUGGAGAGGGAACUGGACGUAUCUGGUUUGAUGACGUGAGUUGUAAUGGGACAGAGGCCUCCCUCGAUCAGUGCUCUGCCAAUCCACACGUGGGGAUGAACUGCACACACAGGAAGGACGCUGGAGUUGCCUGUUCAGGCUCAAUUCCCUUACGGCUGGUGAAUGGCACAAACAUAUGCUCUGGGAGAGUUGAAGUCUAUCGUAAAUCCAGUUGGGGAACUAUCUGUGACAAUGACUGGGAUUUUAAUGCUGUGAAUGUGAUCUGUAGAGCGUUGAACUGUGGAUCAGCUGUGUCAGUAAAUGUAGGCACCAUCUAUGGUGAGGGGACUGGGCACAUCUGGUUGGAAAACGUAACAUGUGAUGGGACAGAGACUGCCCUUUAUCAGUGUUCUGCUAAUCCACUAGGAGGAGAUAUAUGCACACACCAGCAGGAUGCUGGAGUUACCUGCACAGGUGAGUGGGUUGAUUUGCUUGGUGAGAUGUGUGGUGAUUGGAACCGGGACCACGUGGAUCUCAUUGAUUGA